AUGGUAAGUCAGGCGAUAAAAGGAGCUGAUCAACCACGAGCUCAAUGGUAUUGGAAAUCAAAUUCUGAUCCAUGGUCAACAAAUGGAAAUGAAGAAUGGACAAAAUAUUCCGAUAUCGAAUCAGCGAUUAUCGAAGAAGCAUUUCAUCAAAAGAAUAAAACGAAACUAGCUGAACUGGAUAAUUAUUCGAUUAACUUAAACGAUUCCAUUCAAAUCAGUAAAUCGGAUCCAAAUAAACAACAGCCAAUAAAACGGGUUCUAACUAGUAGAAAUGAAAGUCAAGGUUUAAGAGAAGAAAGAUUCUUUCUCACACCCGAAUUGAGUAAAACAUUCACUGGUGACUGGGGCAAAGAAGCUUAUAUUUUUCUUGCACAGUGGAAAAAAGACAAGGAGCUUUCUGACGCUGAAAUAGUAGAGCAGGCAGCGAAUGGAAUAAUUAUCGAAGGAAAGAAACUAGGUCAACAUUCUGCAUCAUCAUUGAGUCUAUUGUUGGUGACCUCGUCGUCGUCAGAUGAGCAUUGCUGUGCCGAAAGUGAAAUAUCAUCUGGUGCCAUGGAAGGUCUAGGAGAUAGACGUACAAUGUAA